AACUCUGAGUCAGGCGGUUUAGCGUGCGGCAAUUUUUCACAGAAAGCAGUAGCCAAGUGUUUUCAAUUUGUUUAAUUUUUUAUUAAAAGUCGCACAACACAGACGAAACAUGUCGACAUUGGCAAGUCCUUUAUCCAUCGCUGGCACACGACAGUCGGGCGCGUCAGUGCGUACGCAGAACGUCAUGGCAGCUCUGUCCAUAUCAAACAUUGUGAAGAGCUCCCUGGGACCCGUUGGCUUGGACAAAAUGUUGGUGGAUGACAUUGGAGAUGUGACCGUUACCAAUGACGGAGCAACUAUUCUGCGUCUGCUGGAGGUGGAGCAUCCAGCUGCCAAGGUGCUGGUGGAAUUGGCACAGCUGCAGGAUGAGGAGGUUGGCGAUGGCACCACAUCCGUUGUCAUUUUGGCCGCCGAGCUGCUUAAGAAUGCCGAUGAGUUGGUUAAGCAGAAGAUUCAUCCCACUUCCAUCAUCUCGGGUUAUCGUAUUGCCUGCAAGGAGGCAUGCAAGUACAUUUCCGAGCACCUAACUGCUCCAGUGGAUGAGCUCAGUCGUGACUCAUUGAUCAACAUUGCAAAGACAUCGAUGAGCUCGAAAAUCAUUGGCGCCGAUGCCGACUUCUUUUCGAGCAUGGUCGUGGAUGCGGCUCAAGCCGUCAAGAUCACCGAUCCCAAGGGACAGACUGCCUAUUCCAUCAAAGCCAUCAAUGUGCUUAAAGCCCACGGAAAGUCAGCUCGCGAAUCGGUGCUGAUUCCCGGCUAUGCCUUGAACUGCACCAUUGCCUCACAGCAAAUGCCCAAAAAGAUAAUAAACGCUAAAAUUGCCUGCCUGGAUUUCUCGCUGCAAAAGACCAAGAUGAAGAUGGGCGUCCAGGUGUUGAUCAACGACCCCGACAAGCUGGAGGCGAUUCGCGCACGUGAGCUGGACAUCACCAAGGAGCGCAUCAACAUGAUCUUGGGCACCGGCGUCAACGUGGUGCUGGUCAGUGGGGGCGUCGAUGAUCUCUGCAUGAAGUACUUCGUCGAAGCCGGCGCCAUGGCUGUGCGCCGUGUAAAGAAGAGUGACUUGAAGAUCAUUGCCAAGGCCACAGGUGCCGCUUUCCUUACGUCGCUGACCAACAUGGAUGGCGAAGAGACCUUCGACUCCUCGAUGGUAGGUGAAGCUGCCGAGGUGGCACAGGAGCGCAUCUGCGAUGAUGAGCUCAUUCUCAUCAAGGGCACCAAAGCGCGUGCCGCUGCUUCGAUUAUUCUGCGUGGUCCCAACGACUUCUACUGUGAUGAGAUGGAGCGUUCUGUCCACGACGCUCUUUGCGUGGUGAAGCGUGUGCUGGAGAGCAAAAAAGUCGUUGCUGGCGGCGGCUGCGUGGAGGCAGCUCUCUCCAUCUACCUCGAGAACUUUGCCACUUCCCUCUCAUCGCGGGAACAGUUGGCCAUUGCCGAGUUCGCCAAAUCGAUGUUGGUCAUUCCGAAAACUUUAUCUGUAAAUGCCGCCAAGGAUGCCACCGAUUUGGUGGCCAAGCUGCGUUCCUACCACAACUCAAGCCAGACAAACAGCAAAAAUGGCGAACUCAAGUGGACCGGCUUGGAUCUAAUUGAGGGAGUGGUGCGUGACAACAAGAAGGCCGGCGUCCUCGAGCCAGCCAUGUCGAAGAUCAAAUCACUGAAGUUCGCCACCGAGGCGGCCAUCACAAUUUUGCGCAUUGAUGACAUGAUCAAGCUGAAUCCAGAGGAUAAGAGCGGCAAGAGCUACGCCGAUGCCUGCGCUGCCGGCGAGCUGGACGGUUAAUGUGUUAAUGUUAAAAGCUAAAAUAGUUAACACCGCUACUAUCAUUUCUUUACUACUUGAUUAGGCAUUUAAUCUUAUGUAUCACUCACUGCAAACUCCCAUUUAUUUGUAACAACAAUUUAAUUGUUUGAUUUGUAUUAAUACCGCACCAUUAAUCCACCUUUCUCAUUCACUUAAUAUGCAUAAUAAAUGGAACUUCUGAAUAUGCUGCGGCGUAUGCAAAACUA